AUGGCAAAGACCUCUUUAGAUAUAAAUCAAGUAAUAUUUAAUUUGCGCGCUUAUUUUUCUGCUGGAAAGGCCAAUGGAGACCCUUUACGACCAAUUCAAUUCGUGCAUAAACCUUGGUGUGACGCAUUGUGUAUUAGUGAGACAAAACUCAAGUCAGUUUUAAAAAGCAGAAAAAGUGUAAAUAGUGAACUAAAAGACGUGGGUGAAUGUAAUCAAGAUAAACUUCCAACGGUUCAAACUCAGGCCGGAUCUGCAGUAUCUUCAUUCUUUGAAUUUAAUUUCCAGAUCUCCAUGCAUAUUUUGAGCUCAGUACAUUCUUUGACUUUGUCUCUCAGUCGAGUACUUCAGUCCGAAAACCAGGAUCUUGGCGAGGCUAUCGAACUGGCUGAUGCUGCGAAACAAGUCCUGCUUGAAAGAAGAGAAAACGCCGAAAAGGACUUCAGAGGAAUUUUAAAAACCGUGAGCGAAAUCAGCGCAAAAUACGACAUCGAACUGCGGAAACCAAGGCUCGCGUCAAAACAGACUCAACGCUCCAACGUACAAACUGAUUCAGUUCAAGAUUAUUUUCGCAUAACGAUUUACAUCCCAUACAUUGAUUUGUUUCUGACCCAUAUACUAGAUCGAUUUUUGAAUCACCGCAAAAUUUUAUCAAACUUUGCUUGCCUCUUCCCCAACAAAAUGAAGAAUUUCAAUGAAGAAUCCUGCGCUCAACUGUUUGAACCAUACUCUUCAAUUUUGCGGGAUGAUUCCCGUGACAUCUGGGUAGACGAAGUCAAACUUUGGCGUCAACGCAUCGCCGGAAAGAACGUUAAAAAUUCGCUUGAAGCACUCGAUGUGUGCAAUGGAGAUGCGUUUCCAAAUGUACAUCAAAUGCUUCGCAUUUUGGCAGUUCUGCCUGUAACGACAGCAACGAAUGAACGCUCCUUUUCAACAUUGCGUCGCCUCAAGACUUACCUCAGGUCAACAAUGUCUGAAGAUCGGCUGAACGGAUUAGCUUCGCUCAAUAUACAUCGCGAUGUCGAGGUCGAUCCGCAAAGAGUUUUGGAGAAGUUUUUUUCUACACCUCGCAGUGUUAAUUUAUUGUAUAAUAACUGA